AUGUAUCCGGGAAUGGACCAGGGAUGGUGGGGAAAUAUAUUGCAUGUACGCAAACCCUUCUCCUCAGCUAUCCUCUCGUUUCUGAUAGACGAUCUACCGAGAAAUAUCGGAAAGCCCUUUCGAUGGCAAAGUUUCUGCUUAAAAUUGAAAAGAGAUGGAACACCAAUGACUCAGAAUCACUAUUUGAAUAGCAAUUUGCAAAAAUGGUCAGAAUCAACGGCCUCCUAUUAUCGCCAGGAACGGAUCUCGUCUGAAGUCAAGGAGUUAUCGUUUUCCGUCAAAUACGACGACUCUUCAAAAGGAGAAUGUGUGAGAGUUUCUGAUCUCACUCGAACUCACCACAUGAGUAAUUUACAACAGACUGUGCAAGAUAUCCACGAUAUCUUGAAAUCAUACUACAAAGUUGCCCGAAAAAGGUUCAUUGACAAUAUGUGUAUGCAAGCGGCAGAUUACUAUUUGGUCACUGGACCUGCCGCGCCGAUGAAACUAUUCUCUCCUUCAUGGGUCUACAACCUCUCACACGAACAACUGGAGCAAAUCGCCGGGAGGAAGCAGCUGUCCGAAGGAAGCGUCGUCAGUUGCAGAAACAGGUGA